AUGGUGUUGGUGGUAAACGGAGUCCUGCAAGAGGAGCCUCCGAUCGACAGCCGGUCGCUCUAUGCAGCUCAUCCAAUUUAUCGUGAGACGGCAGCUCAAUUGCAUUCAAUGCCCGCGAAAUUAGUUGGUCCGGUUGGCCUUCUCUAUGUCCAGCAACGAGAAAUGGCGGCAACGCUUCCUCAUGACAAGAACGUGAGUAUUCUUGGAUCAGACGACAUGACCACGUGUAUAAUUGUUGUUGUUAGACAUUCUGGAUCAGGCGCUGUUGCGCUGGCACAUCUUGAUGGUGCUGGUACCGAAGAUGCUGCGGCUGCGAUGAUUCAGAGGGUGACGGAACUCGCGCUCGGGUUUCCUGAAGGCCGGGUUGAGCUCCAGCUCGUUGGCGGAUACUCGGAUCCUAGGAAUUACUCCGAGGAAAUGUUUUAUAAUAUUUUAUCUGCCUUUCACAAGCAACCCAUUGAAAUCGACCUGACACUUUGCUGCGUGGGCGAGCUUAACACCACUGUCAGAGGAGGAAUCCAUUGGCCCGUCAUUUAUGGAAUUGGGCUCAAUGUUAAGACCGGAGAAAUAUUUCCGGCAACCUUCCCGGAUAAGGGUCCUGAUCAAGCUUUAAGGUCUGCGAGGCACUUGACAGGAGGACAGCAAGUUCUAGAUGUUUACGAUUGUGGACUAGGACUCUUGAGAAUCGGACCUUUCAACUACGACCCACUUCGUGGAGUUGAUUUGUGGCUGGCGCAGUCUGAUCAGUUUAUUUUACAACAUUUAUCCACAUCGCCAGAUGUUGAACCACCACAUUUCGUUUCUCAGGUAAGAGCAACAUUAAAAUACAUCCAAGACAAUCAAUUUCCGGCUGUGACAGUUUUCCGAGACAACAGGCCCCACUACUACCGCCGUGAUGAAACAACUGGAGUUUGGCAGCCGAUGCGCUACGACACUAAUUUUUAA